AUGGGCUGGUUCUGGGGCUCUUCCGCGAGCAACGACGACGAUAGCAACAAGUCGCAGGAUCCUCUGCGUAGUCUGGAUCCCAGCCUUCGAGAAUUCCUUGCCAAGGAAUCACCUGUCAAGUACAACUCCUCAAAUCCUCCCCAAGCAUCACCACCUCCUGCCGCCCCUCAACCGAAGCAAGCAACCCCCUCAGACAACAAGACCGCGCAAUCUCAGCCCACUUCGUCCGACGACACAGCGCCCAAGGCACCCGCUGAGAGUCUCUUCCCGGACGGACGCUAUGCGCAUCUAUGGAAGACCUACCAAUCCAAAUCCCAAGUCGAUGCAGAGAGCAAGUCGGAUCAGGAAAAGAUCAAUGAUAUCCUCGAAGGCUACAAUUAUAGGAAAGCGGAGAUUGGGCGAGCGGCGUUAGAGAACUGCGCCCUGGAACAAUGGGACGUCAACGAGUGUUUUCAAUCGGGGAGCAUAAAGAGUCGCCUUACUAUGUGCAGAGACGAGAACCAAAAGUUGGAUAGGUGUUAUACGAUGCAGGCAAAAUUUUUGAAAGCUCUAGGCUACCUAUCAACCUUUGACCGACCAGCCGAGGUCGACGAGCAGAUCCAGAUGCAUGCCGAUACCCUAUAUCACCGAAUGUUGGAUCAAGAGAAGCUCAUUGAAGAAGCGAAGGCGGAAGGCAGACCCAUCCCGACAUUCCCGCCACUGAUAUCAUCCUCCAAGACCAAAGUUGCGAAACCGGCUGCCCAGCCUGUACCAGUGAAGGUACCUGACAAUACCGAGCUCAAUCCUGCUGAUCUUCCAGCACCGAUGCAAACUUCGGCCAAGCAACGUCUGGAGGGACUGGAGGGAGAAGAACGCAAAUUGGAAGAGAUGGCAAUCAAAGCAGAGAUCCAGGCUAGUGAGGAGCUUGCGGGUCACCUAGGGUCGAUUUAUGAGAAGCAGGCGGAGGAGCGGAGGAAAAGGAAGGAGGAAGGCAAGGAGAGGAUUGGGGAUAAGAUACAGUCUCUCUUUGGCUUCCGGUGA